AUGGAAAAACAACCUGCAGAGCUCGCCCAUCUGGAGGAUCCAGUGGAGAGAACAACGUCUAUUGAGAUUCAGAAGCCAAGGAUCUCUGAGGAGACAUACCUCGCCGACGAUGCCGUCACUGAGAAAAGGAAGAAAUCCCCAACGGAGAAGAAACUCGUGUUGAAGAGUGACCUUGUCAUCGUCCCUCUGGCCGCUUUGAUUUAUUUCACUGCUUAUCUGGAUCGAAACAGCAUUGGACUCGCGAAUGUCAUGGGCAUGUCCAAGGACCUCGGGCUGACUAGCAAUCAGUACUACAAUUGCUUGAUGAUGUUUUACGUCGGAUAUAUCACCUUCAUGCUUCCAGCAAACGUGGGACUUCGAUUGUUCCCUAAGCUUCCCCCAAAUUAUAUCCUAGGUGGCUCGGCUCUUCUCUUUGGAGGCUUUUUGACGGCCAUGUCUGCCGCCCAGGGCUAUGAGACAGCGUUGUCGAUGCGAGUUUUGAUAGGGUCGUCGCAAGCCUUCAUCCAAGGUCUCGGACUCUACGCCUCCAUGUGGUACAAAAGAGAUGAGGUAGCAACCAGGGGUGCCAUAUAUUAUGGUGCAGCAACGAUUUCAGGCGCUUUCAGUGGCUUGAUAGCCUAUGCGAUACAAAAUACAUUGACCCUUGAGCGGACGGGGAGAGAGCCAUGGCGAUGGCUCUUCAUCAUUGAAGGGUCAAUGGCAUUAUUCAUUGGCGCACUGGUGGUGGUAUUCCUCCCGCGAUUUCCGGACCAGCUUCGUGGUCGCAAGCAUUGGUUGUUCCGUCCUGAGGAGGUAGAGCUUGCCGUCCAGCGGAUGAGAACAUACAACACAGUCGGCGCCAAAUUCCGCGCCCGACAAAUCUUGACCGUCCUCAAAGACCCGAAAUGCUGGCUUUUUGCCUUGAUCAACGCAGGUAUUGCGAACGGAAUCGGCUCGGUCGGCUUGUUCUUGCCAACGUUCGUGCAUGAAUUUGGCUUCUCACGAGAACGAACACUCCUAUUCUCAGUGAUUCCAUACGCAUGCGCGACAGUAGUGCUGGUCAUGGUUGGCAAAGCGUCGGACUGGGCCAAUCGCAAGGGGAUCUUCCUCGUCGGCACGCUCUCAACCGUAGCUAUCGGGUAUAUCCUGCUACUGACGGUGUCAUCCACUGCGGUCAAGAUAUUCGCCGCCUGCCUGAUCACAUCAGGUCUAUAUCCCAGCGUGAUCCUCCUGGUGAGCUGGCUCGGCGUUAACACUGGCGGCUUCACCAAACGCGGCACCACAUGGGCCGUUGCUGAGAUCUUCGGCCAAUGCUUCUCCAUCAUGGGCACCCACAUCUAUGACGGCGCUCCCAGGUUCAUCAAGGGCCAUUCCAUUCUCUUGGGAUUCAUCCUCCUUGCAAUCUUCAAUUCGUGUGUGCUUAUCUGGUGGAUGAAUAGGGAGAACAAAAGGAGGGAUGCGAUCGAGCAGGAAUACAGAGAUCGUGGCGAGACGCAUCCUCAUGCUACCUUGUCACUGGAGGAUGUCCAGGACUUUCAUAUCUCUUUUAGAUAUAUCCUGUAG